CAGAAAAACGUUAUAAAUUCAAACAAGUGGAUGCAUAAUGUGGAAGAGUACGAUUGUGAUCUUGGUUCUUGCCACUGGUAUAGCUCUCUGGUUUCGCACUAGUAGCGUCAUAGAUGUGCCGAAAUUACCAGAAACAUUCUGGGGACCGGAGGAAAAUAAGGGGGCACCACAAAAUGUUCGAACUUUCACCCUCAGUAUACCGGACUUGGUAAUCGACGACUUGAAUGCCCGGCUUGCAAAUAGAAGAAAAGUGGUGCCAUCGUUAGAGAAUGCUGGGUGGACUUACGGCAUCAAUACAACAUUUCUCGAAGAUGUUAUUAAAUAUUGGCGCACGACAUAUAACUGGAACAAACGGGAGAGGUUACUCAACAAAUAUCAUCAGUACAUGACCAAUAUACAAGGUCUGGAUAUACAUUUUUAUCAUGUGAAACCAGAGGUACCAUCAGAUCGACCAAACUUGAAGGUUCUUCCAUUGUUGAUUUUACACGGCUGGCCAGGAUCCGUAGUGGAAUUCCAAAAAAUUAUUGCCCUACUAACGAAACCACAUCCCGACAGAGACUUCGUGUUUGAGGUGAUCGCACCUUCACUUCCGGGAUACGGAUUCUCGCAAGCGGCUGUACGACCAGGAUUAGGUGCAGCACAGAUGUCCGUUAUAUUUAAAAAUCUCAUGUUGCGUCUUGGUUUCAAUAAGUUUUAUGUGCAAGGAGGAGACUGGGGCGCUAUAAUCUCUUCAAAUCUUGCUAGUCUCUUUCCAGACAACAUUAUUGGCGUUCACACAAACAUGUGUGUAGUUCCAUUUAUGCCCGGUUUCCUUUGGAUUGCAAUAGGUAGUGUUUUUCCAUCGCUCGUAGUCGAUAAGGAACAUUAUUCUAAAAUGUAUCCUUUGAGUUAUCAUAUGACUCGAAUAAUCGAGGAAUCGGGAUACAUGCACUUACAGGCUUCCAAACCAGAUACUGCAGGUGCGGCCGUGGGUGCUUCACCGGAAGGACUGGCAGCAUACAUUUUGGAAAAGUUUAGUACAUGGACGAAUGAUGAGUAUAAAUAUCGACCUGAUGGAGGUUUGCUCGAGAAAUUCACUCUAGAUGAGCUCUUAGAUAAUAUCAUGCUCUAUUGGGUUACCAAUUCUAUAACGACGAGUUUCCGACUUUACGCCGAGAAUUUUAACAAAACUAAUAUGGCUACCAGAAUCGAUGAAUUGCCGGUUAAUGUGCCGUCAGCGUGUGCAGUAUUUCCUCAUGAGCUUGUUUACACUCCAGAAAGCAUUAUUCGCACCAGGUACACUAAUCUGAUACAAUAUAAUCAUUUACCACAUGGAGGCCAUUUUGCUGCCUUCGAGGAACCUCUUCUGUUAGCAAAUGACAUCUUCGAGUUUGUAUCCAAGACUGAGGAUAUCAAGAAGAAAGCUGACACAAAGGAUACUCCAAGUAUGGAGAAAAAGAUAAAAGAGUCUACAAGAACUUAAAAAUUUGUAGGGUUAGGGGUUCGUGAGAGAUGAAUUGUUAUAAAAUGUUUAUAUAUUUUAUAUUAUCUACUGAAAAUAUGAGAAGGUUUGAUGCCAAUUAUUUUGGUAUUGGUUACACUGGAUUAUUUUAUUGUGAGAAAUGGUUCUUUUUUCUAAUUUUGUACAUGAGAACAGUCUUAAAAUAAAGUGAUUAUUUUUCCAAUA